AUUUGCAUUCAAAAUGAUACAUAUAAUUUUUUCUUUGUAUAAAUAAAAAAAAUUUCCCUUACUUUUUUCUUGAUUUCAACUAGCAUUGUCGUAGCAUUUAAAAUGAUCGAUCUCUAGUUUUAACUUUUAAUGUACAACAUGCAUUUUCAGAUGUCAAUGGGUGAGAGAGGAGAUCUAGCAAAGGAUUUGAAACUUCAUUUGAAGCAACUUCGUCGUACAUUGCGUUUCUUUGAGGAAGAAAAGCUGGUUGUGCGUGAUCAUAGAAAAGAGACAGCAAAAGGUGUAAGAAUACAAGCAGCAGCAGUCUCAGCCACUACAGAUGGUCAGCAUCAUGGAAGAGAGGGGGAAGAAAAGAUCAAGUUGCACACUCACUCAUACUGCUGUUUAGAUUAUGCGCAGAUUUAUGAUGUUGUGAGGUAUAGAAUGCAUUGUAUGAAGAAAAAAUUGAAGGACGAGUUGGACAGCAAGAACACAAUCCAGGAAUAUAUAUGCCCUGACUGUGGCCAAAGAUAUACUGCUCUGGAUGCAGCAAGGCUUAUUUCCAACGACGGUGAAAAUUUUCUUUGUGAAAAAUGUCAAGGUGAACUUGUGGCAGAAAGUGACAAAUUUGCUGCUCAAGAAGUAGGAGAAGCAGAUGAUAAUUUAAGGAGGCGUCGCCAUGAAAAGCUAAAAGAAAUGCUUCAGAAAUUGGAGGUGCAUAUGGGAGUAUUUUGAAGCCUUUCUUUGAUUUACCUUGUUUUCCGCUCAUCAUUAAAUGCGAUACUUGAAGUGUUUUGGUGGGUGAACAUGUCAAAAUAUUUUAGCUUAAAGUAGGUGUGAAUGGGGUAUAAUUUUUAUUUCAUGAAAAGAGGUUGAGAGAGAUAUGUUGGAUCCGAAAGGGGAGAGGAUGUUUGAUAAAUUGUGGUUCCUUGCCAUAAAGGAAAUAUAUAAAACUAAAUUGAGACGAAUGAAAAGUAACACAGGUAAACUAUUAGGGAUGAAAGUAGUUAUAGAACAAUUAAUUCUAUGUUUUCAGGUGUAGCCUUGACUGCCUCUGGCUCUAUAAGUGUCUUUCUGAUAACUCUUGUCUUGUCUUGCUCUGAACAGUGUUACUGCUGGAUUGAAUUUCAAGAAUACAUGUACCUUUUUCAAGAUGAAAAUCUGAUUUAUUAUAAUCUGUUUUAAUUCUGUCCGCAGUUGCACUGACGAUUAGUUUUUUGUAUUUUCCCCGAAUUUUCACCUUGUUAUACAUUAUGCACUGAAGUUCAGUCUGGAAAGACGAGCUAUGCAAUGUUUUUGGCUUCAUCUAAAAUAUUCUGUGCUUUCGAUAUCUAUAAGUUUUCUUGGGAUCUUGAAUGUAAUAAAUUACAGGAGCAGCUCUAGCCUUUAGUUGAACAACUCAAUAGAGUUAAAGAUUUGGCAGUUCCUGAGUUUGGAACUCUGCAAGCUUGGGAAGUUAGAGCUAGUGCUGCUGCACGUGCUGCAGCUGGAGAAAAUCCCAAUGAUCCCUCUAGAUCACUUCAAAGUGGCACACCAAUGCCUUUUCUUGGUGAUCCAAAGAUUGAUGUUGCAAUUAACGGCGUGGAAGAUAAGGAAGACUCUAAUGCUGGAAGUGGAAGUACACCCAUGAAAGUUCUACCUCCUUGGAUGAUCAAACAAGGUAUGAAACUAAUGAAGGAGCAGCGUGGUGAGGUGAAAGAGGAAACUAAGGCAGACAUCACUUCAGACCCGUCUGCAUUAUCAGAUGACAAGAAGUGAACUGUUGUGAAGGAUGAAAAGAGCCUUCAGGGUGAGUACUUCAAAGCUUAUUAUGCUGCUUUGUUGGAACGACAACGGGAACAAGACCAAGACGUCAAGAGACAGCAGGAUCUGUCUAAUACAGAUAUUUCUGAUCAUCACACAUCUUCAGAUCGCCAAGUUGGGAUGAAAUCAAAACGUCAGGAUGAAAUUGAAGAUGAUGAUGUAUGGGAAGAAGCUACUUCUUCAGGGAAUGCGGGAGAGGGUUGUAAGGUGACUGAUUUGAACAUUCAAGCUGAGAUUCUGGAAGAGGAGGAUAAUGAUGAUGAUGAUGAUCAUGUUGAAUGGGAAGAUGGUUGAUUCUGGCAUUCGUUGGUUCUUGUAACCGCCUCGAAUUAUGAAGGCAAAUACUAACUGGAAUUUAGUAUUAAUCAAGCGGAAGCUUAUUUUUGCCAACACAAUUAAGGGGUUACUUAAAGGUCAAACCAAUAUCUAAGUAUAAUAGUAACAGAAGUCUUUACUGUUCAAAAUAUAGGAAAAUUACAACCAAAUCGAAAUAAGUCUAAAGUUCAAAUUACAUCCUUAAAAUAGUCCAAAUCUAAACUAAUAGUCUCUCAAAUACAAUAAAGAGAUCUAAACAAAAGGGGAGUCAUACUCCAAUUCGGGUUCAUCUUCCGCUCGCAUAUCCAUUCUCCGUCGACGUGUCUUAGGGGUUUACUCUAAAAACAAAACCAUUGGAAAAACAUACAAAGCAGAGUAUCAGCAAAAGGCUGAGUAUAAACACACUGGUAUCCGUCAAACAAGUUAUUAAAACCUUUUUUUAUUUGAGUAAAUUCAUUUUGAAAUAUGCUUUUUCAUUUGAUAAAUCAUAUUAUCAUUCAAACCAGUUCAAUGGCUUUAUAGUCAUUUCAAAUUCUCAUUUUUCAUCAUAAAUCAUAAGAUCUCAAUGGAUCCAAAUCAAUUUCAAAUUCAUAUCAUAAGUUUACUUGGGUACUCUGUGAGUCAUCCUGUAACUCGUUUGUUAGUCGGUCUACCGUCCGCGACAUGUCCGGCAAGUGUAACACAGUGCUAUUGUGAACAAUACGCGCUCAGCAUUGGUGAGCCGUUUAAUCAUGCACACAACAUUUGUUGUGGCAUAUGUA